UUAGACUUAAUUUACUUGUCAUAGUACACGGUUAAACUAUCAAAUUUAAACGCUGCAUCAAUGAUGAGCUGCUUUACAAAAUGUCAUUUGAAGAUAAAUUGAGCGACUAUUCAAUGAUUAAUACAAUACGAGGUAUAUUAAACGGUUGGAUUUAAAUGUGAAAGAUAUAAAGUAGUGUUAAAUAUUCAUCAUUUACAGUGUUUCGUUUUUCGUUUGCGCAUUAAAAUUGGUGCACUGAAAUGUUGGCGUGAAAUUAAUACAAUAAACUGAUAACAGAAAAAUACAAAAUCGAAACAGAAAGCGGAUGAUAUAAAUGAAGAUGGGUAACAGGAGUUACUGUAUGUUUGCAUGUGAUUAGACGUUUUAGAUGUAACAAUUAAAAUUUGAACGAUUGGACAAUAUAAUCCUGUUUGAUAACAAAUAUUACUCUAAUUAAAAUAAUAAUGAAUCAGUUAAAAGCAAAAUUAGGAAUUUUGAUUUGUGUUCUGUUCUUCUUUGUUGUGAUGAUAACGUGCGAAAGUGCUGAAAUUAAACGUUUACAUAGGUCAAAAAGAUAUAUAGAAUGGGGUCCGGAUAUAGCCGGUCCUUAUUGUUCAACACGCCCCGGGGGAUGUUGUCAAGGGCGUAUUGACACGUGUUCGGUUCCUAUUCUUGACACGUUGUGUUAUUGUGACGAGUUUUGUAAUAGAACAAGAGGAGAUUGUUGCCCUGAUUUUUUCUCAUUUUGUCUUGGUCAACGAUCAACACCGGCGCCUUUGAGAGGUGCAUGUGAAUACAGAGAUAGACCUUAUCCUCCAAAUUCAGCCAUUAAAAUCAACUGCAAUAAGUGCCGGUGUUCCCCAGAUUCGAGAAGUGUAACAGGUCACUCGUGGAGAUGUGAGGAGAAUGUAUGUCUUAUAAGACAAAAUAUAAUCAACGGUGUUAAUAAUCAAAACUUUGGAUGGAGGGCCUCAAAUUACUCCAAAUUCUGGGGGAUGACGUUGGCAGAAGGGAGGCGAUAUCGUCUUGGCACUCACAAGCCCGAUAAUCUCGUAAUGAAUAUGAAUCCUAUCAGAGUAAUGCAUGAUGGUAGAUUACCGGAAAAUUUCGACUCUCGAGCAAGAUGGCCUGGGUGGGUACACGGUGUGAGAGACCAGGGAGACUGUGCAGCAUCUUGGGCAUUUUCGACAACAGCACUGGCAGCAGAUCGUUUGACUAUCGAGUCCCGAGGAAUAAUGCCAGAUUCACUGUCACCACAGAACCUCAUGUCUUGCAAUAAUCAUGGUCAGAAUGGAUGCAAGGGAGGUAACCUUGACAGAGCUUGGUGGUUCAUCAGAAAGCGAGGUGUAACAACUGAGGACUGUUAUCCAUAUAGAAGUGGGACCACAAGUUCGAUUGGGCGAUGUGCCGUUGCCCGCGGACAGACGGGUGGAGUGUGUCCCAGUGGCAUACCGUUCAGAAUACAGCGUGUCUUUCAUUCAACCCCACCCUAUAGAAUAUCCAUGUCUGAGAGGGACAUAAUGGCCGAAAUCGAAAUGAAUGGACCAGUGCAAGCAACAUUUAAGGUGAAGGAAGACUUUUUCAUGUAUAAAUCGGGUGUAUACAGUCAUUCCCGGGUGGUGCCAGAAACUACCCCGCGGUCUGAGGAGAGAUAUUCUUACCAUUCCGUUAGAAUCAUAGGAUGGGGUUUAGACAGAAGUAGCGGUAGAAAUUUAAAGUACUGGUUAUGUGCCAAUUCUUGGGGUACUGACUGGGGAGAGAAUGGUUAUUUCCGGAUUGCACGAGGAACAAACGAGUGCGACAUCGAAUCAUUUGUACUAGGUGCCUGGGGUAAAGUACAGGGAGAUGAGACUUUAAGGGCGUUGUUGCUGGGAUACAGACUAGAGCGCCAAAGAGAACGAUUCCAACAAGGCAGAGGCAGACGACGCGGCAGACGUCAUCUUCAUAGAAAACGAAAACGUAACCACAAGAAACAAUGACGUUUAUAGCGUGUUUAGAUAGAAUUAAAAUACUACUUUGGAGAUUAUUAUUAAAAGCAAAAAACUGUGGUGGGCAAUGUGGUUAAGUAAAAAAAAAGAAUUUUACAAUUAAAUACCAUGAAUGUUAUAUUUUUUCACCUUUUCAUAACCAAAACAGAAUAUUUUUUUUACCCUAGAACUUAAAGGAACUCAUCGGAUGUCCAAAUGCCUAAAACAUAAAAUUUAAAAAAUGUUACAAAUAUCAAGUGAAGCACUAAAAAUAGAUAGUAAACACUGCAAAGGAUGUUAGACUUAUAUACUCAAAAUUAAAUUGAAAAUCGAUUUUUGUGCGAUUCUUUGUCUGAUUUGUGUGAAUUUUGGGUCGGUCAUGUUGCACAAUAAAAAUGAUUAUUUUGGAAAAAGGGAUGAGAAAAUGAACUUAAAGUUUGCACACAAGUUAUUGUCCAUACCUUCAUCACUUGGAUUGGUACAGAAAUCUUUGAAAAAAAAUAUUUCUAGUACCAUCAUGUCAACAAAAAUAAAACCUCAGUGGAGUCCCUUUAAACAAAAUAAUUUACAAGCAAAAACUAAUAUUACUUUGAUAGUUUAAUUGUGUGUUGAAUAACAGUAUCGAAAAAUAAGAUGUGUAUAAUACAAGUAUGGCAAAGUAACGUACGUAGUUUUAUACGUUAAUAGCAAAUAAUGUAGUUGGUUUUAAUAUUCCUAAUUGUUACAAUAGAUUUAAAUAAGGCCAGUAAUUAAAACUACGGUGAAUACAUACCAGUAUAGACAUUAAAGAACUGUAUUUUUGUUAUUAUAUAGAUAAAAAGUAAUAUUAAAAAUUUCGUCAUAUU